GCGAAAUGGCUAAGUUACGUCAUGAAAUUUGCUCGUAUCGUGAUGAAAUACUGACUCGGCGGAACGGCGUAGGGCUGCGGUCUGUCUGUGUGGCAUUGUUGCUGUGAGAAUGACUUGUGUCAUGAUGAAAGGAGUCAGAAGGCAACUAAAGGGCACAGACACACCUGGGCUCAUCGCGCGCUCUGAUUGGCUCUCGGAUGAUCUUCGAUGGAUCCCGGAAACGACUACGAUGACCAGAUGGAUAGGUCACAGUGCGGUUUCACUUACCUUGUGCUCUAUUCUUUCCGUACAUCUCAUCUGCGCAUACAUAUAGAAUCCUCUUGUCUCACUAGAUCGCUCCUCACUCGUUUCAAUGUCGGUCAGCGAUAGGCUUGAGCAAACUCGUACACAGGCGCCACCAUCAUCCCUUGAACGCGUCGAAGCAUGGACAGUGUCACAAGUUUCCAAUGCGCUCGCUGCAACAUCGCUAGCCGACGCUCUGGGGACGGACCGUCCUGCACGCGGUACGACGGUGGCCAUCGACAUCCCCCUUGACGAGAGCAUACAUCAGGAUCAACCGGUGCCUCACCGGCCCGAAGCUGUUCACACGGUCUACAAGCGCCGCACGCCUAUCCGUCGCGACAGCCAGAAGCGACGGGAAGCCUUGCUGAAGGGCAAGGAAGGUAGUCGGCGUCGUCAGCGAUGGGAGAAUGAUCGGCUGCUCAAUAAUCCUUGGGCAGAGCCUCCUCUUCCGAGCGAUUGGCAAGUUCAUCCAACAUAUACCCGACAGAGUGUACCAUACUUCCUAGCGCCACUGUGGGAUGCCGAGUAUGCGCGUUCGACGCAAGAGCGUCGGAAGCGGGCAGAAGCUGCCAAGACUCCAGUGAACAAAGAGGAGGCAGAAGUCCAGCAAGUAACACGAGAGCUAAAAGCGAAGCUCAAGAAGUCCCGCGGAGCAAAGGGCUUGCUGCAAGACCUCGAACAAGAGGUGCGAGCUUUCGUAGAGCAAUGGGAUGCGAAGCAGAAACAGCUCGAGCAAGACGGCCUCUUUGAUCUAGACAGCGAAGAUGAAGAAAUUGUCUUCGUAGGUAGGAACGGCGCCAUGAGUGACGAGCGGCGCAAGGAGAAGCAGCUUGACUCACUUGAGAAGGACAAACUCGUCUUCCAGAGUCUCGUCGAUGAUCAUGGCGCAUCAUUCGGACGCUACCUUGUACAUUCGAUCGCAGUAUACUACGGUUUGCAGACGUGGUCAAUCACGACAGGCGAUCCUGCGCGACGAGAAGCCUACGUUGGCUUGAAGGUUGAUCCCAAGACGAGACGGCCGAGCUUGACAAGAGCACAGAUGCCGACGCCGCUGUGGGUUGUUGUCUGCUAACAUCGGCGAACAUUACGUGCGUACUUUCAUGGUACAUAUGGACGUCUUUUAUAGCCCAGGUACCAUGAUAGUGCUGCGGUAUGCUGUUAUUUGGUAUUAGUAAGUCCAGAGUUUGCGGCAAUACACGGUAUCGCACCGGUAGUGGCAUCCAAAGGCUCUUUCUUGUAUGGGCUGGCUUUCAUGUUGACCGCUCUCGAUUCUACCGUGACUGUUGUAUCGCGCAUCAUAACGCGGGUAGGCGCGGAGAGUUCGGCGGAAGAGCCGG